AUGGGAUCAAAACGGAUUUUCUUUCAAACCAGCAUUGAAAUAGUAGACCAGGCUUGCCAAGGACGAAAAGGCCCCUUGAGGGCAGGCACACAGCCACGCUGCCACGCCCUCCAGGCUGCGGGAACUGAGACGCUGGAAAACCACUCGGAGGAGAGCGUUCCCGCCGACGGCGGUUGCCGUCACAACCACCCGCGGGCCCAGGAAACCGGAGACUGUGGCCUCCGCGCCAGCCGCCGCGCAUGUGCUAUCCGCGGCCCGCACGGCUACCUCGGCUCCGGGUCUAGGGGGAAGGUCGUGGAAGAGCAGGCAUCUUGUUGCCACAAUCCUAGAGAAAGAAACCUAGAAGGAGGGGACCGCCUCAUCAGGAUCUCUUUGGCAGGAGUUGGUGAGGACGGCGUCUUUUCCCAAAGGGACUCGAGAAGACCCAGUGAAGACCUAGGGCAGCACCGCUGCGUCUCUCAGGAGAGAAUUAGGGAACAGGAUGGCCACCAGCAGAGCAGUCCACGGGUGGCUGUGAGGGGCGACAGCGGCCAAUGCAAGAGCGACGCGAGCCUUGGUGAAGUCUCUGGCUCGCAUUCCUGCGACUCGAGGGCCGCUGUCAGCGAAGACGCCUGGGUGGACGUCCCUGAAACCCGAGGGCCCCGAACCAGUGAUUCCGGGGCCCAAGGUAGCGACGACCGCAGCGGUUCUUGGGAAGGAGCAAGUGUGGAUGAAAGCCGCUGCCUCAGUAGUUUUUGGGAAGGAGUAAGUGAUGACAGGGCCUACGAGGCCAGAGACUCCUCUAGGGUGAGCAUCAGCGAAGACUCCAGCCGCCUCUUCCAUAGCUGCUGGGAGAGAGAAAGCGAAGAACAUUCCCACUUUAGGGGAUCUUGGGAGAGAAGGGAGGUUUGUGGUCCCCGCAUCAGCGACGAAGAGUCCAGUUCUUGCAGCAGUGGUCCAUGCGUGGGAUCAAGUGAAGACCUCAGUAGCAGGGACCUGGGCUCCACUCCUCCCCAGAGUCCAAGUCCGAGGUCGAAGGACAACACCAUGCCUGGUGUGGCUAAUCCAGGCCCCUCCAAGUCUCGUAGGGAGACUGCAGACUCAAGUUCCAGGAAGAAGGUACAUUUCAGUAGCAUACAUGACGCAGUACGGGCUGGAGAUGUCAAGCAGCUUUCAGACAUAGUGGAGCGUGGCGCCAACCUUAAUGAAGUGGAUGCUCUCCAUCAGUUUACUCCUUUACACUGGGCAGCACAUUCUGGAAGUUUAGAGUGCCUUCACUGGCUACUCUGGAGUGGUGCUGAUGCCACACAGACAACUACAAGGGGAUGGACAGCAGCUCACAUAGCUGCAAUCCGGGGUCAGGAUGCCUGCUUACAGGCUCUUAUAAUCAAUGGAGCCAACCUAGCAACUCAAGAUGAUCGUGGAUGCACCCCACUACACCUUGCUGCCACUCACGGACACUCUUUUUCUUUACAAAUAAUGCUGCGAAGUGGAGUGGAUCCCAGCGUGACUGACAAGAGAGAGUGGAAACCUGUACAUUAUGCAUCUUUUCAUGGGCGGCUUGGUUGCUUGCAACUUCUUGUCAAAUGGGGAUGUGGCAUCGAAGACGUGGACUACAAUGGAAACCUCCCGGUUCAUUUAGCAGCCAUGGAAGGCCACCUCCAUUGUUUGAAAUUCCUACUGAGUAGAAUGAACAGUGCAACACAAGCCUUAAAAGCCUUCAAUGAUAAUGGAGAAAAUGUAUUGGACCUGGCCCAGCGGUUUUUGAAACAGAACGUUGUACAGUUUAUUCAGGGGGCUCAAUAUGAAGGAAGCCAUCCAGAUGAUCAUGACGCUUUAGCCUUUCCAGGUCAUGUGGCUGCCUUUAAGGGUGACUUAGAAAUGCUUAAGAAACUGAUAGGAGACGGGGUCAUCAAUCUGAAUGAACGCGAUGAUAAUGGAUCGACUCCCAUGCAUAAAGCUGCUGGACAGGGCCACAUUGAUUGUUUGCAGUGGUUUAUUGAAAUGGGAGCCGAAAGCAAUAUUACCAACAAAGCAGGAGAGACCCCCAGUGAUGUGGCUAAGAGAUUUGCCCAUUUGGCUGCAGUGAAACUCUUAGAGGGGCUACAGAAAUAUGAAAUAGAUGACACUGAGAGUGAUAAAGAUCCUAUAAAUUUUUUUACAAGGCAUGGUGUUGAAGGAAGCACCGAUGCCAAGGAUGACUUAUGUCUGAGUGAAUCAGACAAAGCAAAUGCCAGAAGACCAUCAAUGAGCUGCAGGGCCAGCUGGCCUAUGAGCGACUCCGCAGGGAAAAGUUAG